CAUGCAGCAUGAAGGUCCUGGAACCCAGGAGAGACAUGUCUGGAGUUCUGUUUCGCCUGUAAUCCCGACGUAAUAACAAUGACAACCUUCUGUUCCCAAGACGACUAGCUGACUCCUCCCUCAGUGCGCGCUACUAUGCUAAUACGGGCGUUAACGUUAUUCCGGAGAGCUGUUCCUGCGUCGCGAUUCUGUCCGUGUGCUACAGGCAGGACGCAGCAGUACUGCACCUCUGCAAAGAACAUUAGCAUCCGAGAUGCGCUGACCAGCCUGGACACAGGCUCCAACAUCAGAAUACGGGGCUGGGUGCGUUCAGUAAGAUCACAGAAGAACCACCUCUUUCUGCAUGUGAGUGAUGGAAGCUCCUUGCAACCUCUUCAAGUAAUAGCCAACUCAGACCUAAACAUCAGAGGACUUACCUUUGGCUGUGCUGUUGACAUUACGGGAAGCUUGGAAAAGAGCCCCAGCCAAAAGCAAAAAGUGGAGUUACAAGCCCAACGUGUUGAAGUGGUUGGGGAGUGUGAUCCUGUGGACUUCCCCUUUAAGAUCAAGGAGCGUCAUUCCCUGGAGUACAUCCGACAGUUUCCUCACCUGAGGUGCCGAACCAAUUCCUUUGGUUCUCUGCUUAGGAUACGCAGCGAGGCCGCUGCUGCCAUCCACUCUUAUUUCAGGGAUAAUGGCUUUGUGCAAAUCCACACACCUAUAAUCACAUCAAAUGACUGUGAAGGUGCAGGAGAACUCUUCCAGGUUGAACCUUCAGGCAAUGAACACAGCUCGGAUAAAGAAAAUCCACAUUUUUUCUCUGUGCCGGCCUAUCUAACUGUCUCAGGGCAGUUGCACCUGGAAGUAAUGGCAGGAGCUUUCCCGGCUGUUUACACAUUUGGCCCAACGUUCCGAGCAGAGAAUUCCCAGAGCAGGAGGCACCUGGCUGAGUUUUAUAUGGCGGAGGCAGAAAUCUCCUUCAUCGAGUCCCUGGAGGACCUCAUGAAGGUCAUGGAGGACCUGUUCAAGACCAGCACAGAGCAUCUGCUCUCUCAGUGUGCUGAGGACAUGGGCUUAUUUCAUAAAUUUAUCUCGCCUGGUCAAAGGGAAAAAGUGGACCUCAUGCUGAAAAGCAGCUUUAAUGUCAUUUCUUAUACAGAAGCAAUUGACAUACUAAGCCGCAAUUCAGAGCAGUUCACCUUUAAAACAGAGUGGGGCUGUGAUCUUCAGACAGAGCAUGAGAAGUUCCUAGUUAAGCAUUGUGGAAAUGUUCCAGUCUUUGUGACUGAUUAUCCAUAUGACCUGAAGCCUUUUUAUGCCAGAGACAACCAGGACCAGCCUCGGCACACGGCAGCUGCUGUAGACCUCUUGGUGCCAGGUGUGGGGGAGCUAUGUGGCGGUUCUCUUAGAGAGGAACGACUGGAGCUUUUAAAGACUCGACUAGCGCGGGCUGGAUUGGAGGACACAUAUGCAUGGUACCUGCAGCUGAGGCAGUUCGGUUCAGUCCCUCAUGGUGGCUUUGGGAUGGGCUUCGAGAGGUACCUGCAGUGCGUUUUAGGAGUCAAGAACAUCAAAGACACUAUUCCGUUUGCACGGUCUUCACGCUCCUGCCUUCUAUGAAGGAGGCUCAUAUAAAAUUAUUACACAGUGAUGGAAUGGAUUUGUUAUUGUUGCAUAUGUCCUGGUAGAGUGACUAAUGUGGCCAGAUGGUGGGGGAGAAUCAUGUCUUUUGAAUAAUGGCUUUUUAUUUCACAGAAACAGAUGGUGAGAGCUGGUAAACUUUUUCAGAUUUCAUUAAGAAUUUUGUGGGUGUUUAUUUUAAUGAGAAAAGUCAAGCUCCUUGACAAAUCUUUCAAUAUGCAAUAAAUACUCUCGUAAAAUUAAUUCUGAAAUAAACAAACUGCAAAAGUG